UUCCCUCGGCGCUACAGCAUUUUUGCAUUCAAAACUGGUCACUUUCAAACUACUCAAAUGGAAUGCUAACAAAACCUGAGUGUAAUUUGUCGUAUUUAUGUGAAAAUAUAUCAGUUAGUUAGUGUACAUUCGGUAAAGUCUCUUGUGUCAAUAUGCCACCGCAGCGCGAUCCGAUUAGCGUGCGGACGACGCGCCUAAAUAACUUAAUACUGGGCAAAGGAGUCGGCGUCACUCCAAAGCCAGCGGGCUCGAGCGGCAAUGCCCGACGCAGUGUUGUGCCCGUGAGCACCACAAGUGCAGCUGUUGCCGAGGCCAUUUCCCGCGAGGGCCUGCUUGAUGCCUUCUGCUUGCUCUACAAUGAAUGCGACAAGGAUGCGCUAAAGAAGCGCGAUCGCAAUAUUUCCGAGUUUGUUAAUAAAUUUCGCCCCAUUGUCGAGGAGACUCGCAAGCUGCGCGUCAAUGCGGAUGACUUCACCAUCAAGGCGCUUAUUGGUCAGGGAUAUUUCGGCAAUGUUCAUCUGGUGGUGGAGCGUCAGACGUCCGACAUCUAUGCCAUGAAGAAGAUCAAAAAGUCUGUUGUGACCACCUCCCAGGUGAAGGAGGAGCGCGACAUCAUGUCCGCGCGCAACUCCGAGUGGCUGAUAAAUCUGCAGUAUGCCUUUCAAGACAAUGAUAAUUUAUAUUUGAUUAUGGAGUACAUGCCUGGUGGCGAUCUGCUCAGCCUGAUGUCUCGCCAUGGACCCUUUGACGAGGACUUGGCACGCUUCUACCUGGCGGAGCUGACGCUCGCGCUGCACACACUACACGAAAUGGGCUACGUGCAUCGGGAUAUUAAGCCGGAGAACAUAUUGAUCGAUCGCUUUGGGCACAUUAAGCUGGCGGAUUUUGGCAAUGCGGCUGCCCUGGACCGCGACGGGCAUGUGCUGAGCCUUUCGCCUGUGGGCACGCCGGACUACAUUGCCCCGGAGCUGCUGCAGACCAUCUCCACUUAUAAAUUAUCAAAGUCGAUGCAUGAUGUGAGUGCGGCUGUUAGCUGUGAUUACUGGUCCAUGGGCAUCAUAGGCUAUGAGUUGCUGUGCGAAACGACACCGUUCCACGAGGAUAAUGUGCACGAGACGUACUCCAAGAUACUCUCGCACUGCGAGGAGAGUCAGCUGAAGGAGCUGAUUAGCUUUCCCAGCGAGCUGAAGGUCUCCAAGAACUACCGGGAUCUGAUCGAGUCUUUGGUCACGAACCCCUCGAAGCGUUUGUCCUACGAGCGCAUCAGAAAGCAUCCCUUCUUCGAUGACAUUCAGUGGAAUUGCAUGCGCUCGCAGGUGCCGCCGAUUAUACCCACCAUCAAGUCGGACGAUGAUACGUCCAAUUUCGAGGAUGGCACUCGGCACAAGUCGCGCAGAGAUGUGCCGGGCAAAAAGUCGCUCACGACGAACAUGAAAUCGCACGAUUUUAGUGGCAAGGAUUUGCCCUUUCUGGGCUACAGCUUUGUGCACAUGGACAAGCCGCCGUGUGGCGACUCUGGGGAUGAGGCGCGUGCCAAUAAAUUGCAGGAUAAACUCAAGGAUCUGCAGCAGCGGCUCAAGUCGCGUGAGACGGAAAUCUCCAUGCUGAAGCAGGAUCUGCUGCGUGCGCAGCAGUCGCUGAAGAAAACGGACAGCAAGUCGCAGGUGGUGCUGGAUGCUAAAAUGGAAAUCAAGAAGCUGCAGCAAAUAAUCAAAGACAAAACCAUGGAGUUGGCCAGCUGCAAGACGCAGAUAAAAACACUCCAAAGUUCGGCCAAAGUGGAUGAGGAAAUGUGGUCCAAAAAGGAGUCCACCAUCACGGAUCUGCUGCGGCUGAAUCGCCAAAAGUACGAGGAGGCAAAGAUCUGCUCCGAGCAGCGCUACGAAAAGCAAUUGGCGGAGAAAAAGCAAGAGCUCGCCUCCACGCUGCAGAAAAUGGAUGCCCGUGAGCUGGAGUUUGUGGCGAAGAGCGAUGAGUGCAAGCAUCUGGCAGCCAAGCUGCAGAACUACAAGGACAUGUUGAAGCAGCUCAAGGAGCAGACCAUCAAGGCGGAUGCCGGGCAUGAGCAGCAAAAGAGCCAAAUGGCCGAGUCGUACGAGCAAAAGCUGUCGGAGCUGCGCAAAAAGAUACGCGAGUCGCAGGACUCGCAUCGCCGCUUGACACUGGAGAUACAGGGCAUACGCACGGAGCUGGAUGAAUCGAUUAGCUCGGGCAAGUCCACGCAGGAGGCCAAGCAUGCCACAGAGCGCAACAUUGAGGACAUACUGAGACGCCUCAAUCAAGAGAUUGCCUCCAACAAUGAGCUGCACGCGGAGAAGGCCAAGCUCGAGACGAAGUUGAGACUCAGAGAGAACGAAACUCAGGAGGCUCGAGCGGAAUGCCAGCGCCUGGAACGUGAGCUGCAGCUAGCCGAAUGCCGCUGCCACAUGGCUGAAUCCUCGCUGGCUUCCAACGCUUCACCUUACAACACCGCACCCGGAUCGCUCACCGAACUAAAUGCCAUCGAGGAUCAGCUGCGUGCCGACUUGGUGGCAGCCAAAGAGAGCGAAAACCUGCAGAAGGUGCGCGCCGAUCAGCUGCAAACGCUGGUCACCAAACUGGAGCACAUGCGGGAGCGUUUCAAUGAGCAGAAUCAAACGCUUUCACCUACCAAAUCGCAGAGCAACAGCUCAGUAGGCGACAUGCUGGAACGUCAGAAUGAGAAACUCGAAGACAAACUGGAGGCAGUGCGGGAGCAAAUGAUUGUGGAGCGUCAGGCAGCGCGGGCAGCCAAUCUCUCGCUGUGGAAGGUGGAAAAGCAGCUGGAGGAGGCACUCUCCGAGAAGAAACUCUUAGCGCGACGCAUGGAACUCACCGAGGAGCGCAUCAAGAAGGCGCAAAAUGGGCAAGAGGAGACACAGCGGCUGCUCAAGUCCUCGCAGGAGGAAACGCGCCAGCGAGAGUCGCGCAUCGAGGAGCUGAAGCAGGAGCUGGUAGUGGCCAAGCGGGAUGUAAUGAAGGAGCAUCGGAUGUGGGAGAAGGCCGAGCAGGAGCGCAUGAAGUGCAAGUCGGAGAUAAUCGAGCAUCUGGCCAAUGUGCACAAGCUCGAGCAGCAGGAGACGGGUCUGCGCCAGAAGCUGCAGCAGGUGCAGGUGCGCUAUGAUGGCCUCGUGUUGGAGCACAAGAGCCUGCAGCGGCAGCUGCAAGAGGAGCGUGAAAACAGCACGACGGCCAGUGACUCGAGCCACAGCCUGCAGCGUGAGCUCAAGGCCAUGACGGAGAACUUCCAGCGGCUGAAGUACGCCUGCAGCGUGACGGAUAACCAGCUGACCGAGGUGGAGACCAUGCUGAAGACCGAGCAGGAGCGCAACAAGUCGCAGCAGAACCAACUGGAUGCCUGCCAUGUGAAGCUGCGCGAGCGCAACGAUCAGCUAACGAAACUGCGCCAAGAACUGUCCAGCAUUGAGGCUGACAAGCGGCUUGCCGAGCAGCGUGCACAAGUGCUCGCCUCGGAGUUGGAGGAGCUGCGACAGAACCUCACCGAGCAGCACAAGAAGUUGAUCGCGCAACACAGUCAACUGGUGGAGCAGACAAAUGUUCUGUUGGCCACCCAAGAGCGGUUGGAGAUUCUGGACGGACAGAACGCGAAUUAUCUGACACAGAGCGCCGACUGCGAGCGGGAGUUGCUCAGUCUGAAGGAGGAGAAUGCGCGCAUACUCAGCGAGCUGUUCCACAAGAAGGAGGAAGUGCGCAGCCUGCAGGCGGAGAUAGCAGAGCUGCAGUCCGCUCAAGCGGAGCUGCACACGGAAAUCGAUGAGCUGCAGGACACGAUGGGGGAGAAGGAACAAUUUUAUGUGCAGCGUGACAUCAAGGCGCUGGCUACGCUGGCGCAGCACAAGAAGCUGAUUGAUUAUCUGCAGCUCAAAGUGGAAGAUUUGUCGGCCAAAAAGAAGAAGACGCUGGCGGAUAAGCUGUUUGGCACGAGUCAUGGCAACAAGGAGAACAUCUCCUCCAAUGAUGUGGAAUCUUCCAUACUCUAUCGAGCGCUGCGCGAGGAACUGCGCCGCGAACAGAAGAACUCGGCCAUGCUGAAGGAACAAUUAGAGCAGCUUAAUGGCACUGCCACACUUCGCUCGCCACUCAAAGCAUCGGGGGAGCAGUCCAAACAGCGGCCUGUCAGCAUUGCCGUUACUCCGCGCUCCCCACGCAAGCAAGUGUCGUCGCUGAAGCGCACCAAAAGUCAGAUAGAGAUCAGCACCACAGCAGAGAAGAAGAAGGAAUCGAACAGCCAGCAGUCUGUCCAGCAGCAGUCGCAUCACCGCUUCGAGCUGGCUCUACAGGAAUCAAAGACAGGCUCUCCGGACUGUGUCGUGUGCAAGCUGAGCAUUAUCGCCGGUUCGCCCUAUUGGCGCUGCAAGGAGUGCAAGGAUGCGGCACAUCGCAAGUGCCGCACGAACGUGCAAGGAGAUUGUGGAGCCGCAAAGCCUAGUGCGCCGUCCGAGGCUGAUGCUGUCAGUGUGGCUGCCUCCGCGACCAGCAGUGGCCUCGAGAGCGUGGAUAGCUGCAGCUCCAGCAACGUGGCCAGCGGGGAGUACUUCGGCACGCUCGUCUACAGCUCGGAUGCACAAGUGGAUGAGGAGCACGGCAGGAGUCUCGAAGUUAACUGCGCAUUUGAGGUGGCGGAGCAGCAACUGCUGCUGCUGGGCUGCAGCACUGGACUGUAUGCCUACCAUGUGGACACGCAGCGUUUGCUGCACAUUUCGGGCAUCGAGUCCGUGAGCUGCAUGUCCAUCUGCAAGCGACUGGCCAAGGCCAUUAUGGUGGGCACCGUCGCGGAGAAGCUCUACCAGUGCGACUAUCGGCAGCUGGAGUCACGCUGCCAGAGCUCCAGUACGUGCCACAGACCCGUGCUGGAGACGUCAGCCAUUGAGCUGCCGUCUGCCAAUCGCACGGCCGAUGAGAAGUGGAAGCUGGUUAUGAUUUCCAACGAGGCGGAGAAUGCCCUGGAUUCUGUGGCCAUAGCUGCCACCACCACGCGCAUUGUCAUCCUGAAGUACGACCACAAAUUGCACAAAUUCAAUCCCGUGCGCGCACUCGACACUGCCACGCCCGUCACCUCGAUCUUCUUUACGCGCCACUCGGCCAUCGUGACCUCGGACAUGUUCUACGAGAUCGAUCUGGAUAAUUAUACGGCCGAGGAGUUUGUCGAUUUGUCGGACAAGUCCAUGCAAAACACUGCCAAAUGCCAGCCCCUCAUGGCUGUGCGCAUUUCGCGGCAGGAGUAUCUUCUGUGCUUUGCCGAGUGCGGUGUGUUUGUGGAUGAGUUUGGAUGCCGCUCGCGCCCCUAUGAUUUGAGUUGGGUGUACGCUCCCACGGGCUUUGUGUACCGCGAACCGUUUCUGUUCAUUUCCCACUAUCAGUGCGUGCAGAUUUUGCGUCUCCAUCGUUCAUUUAGCAAGGAAGUGGCUGACACUGCUCUAAACUCCGACAGCUCCGAUUCCCCUGACUUGCAGCGCGUUUACUUGCCGCACUACAUGUCCACGUUGCUGGCAAACAGCGGCGAUGUCAAUCUUUACGCUCUGGCUCUCGACCAGAAGCCGUCUGCCACUGGUCAACGGAUCUACCACUUGGAUACCUUACAGGCGUUUAAGCACAAGCUAAAUGUGUCCUUGGAGACAAUUUCGUCGGUGGCCACGUCCGUGACUUUGGGUUCGGCAAUGACAAUGGAUAGCAUAUGAGAGAAUAUGCAAAACAGUUAGGUCCAAUUAUUUAUCAAGAAAGAGAAAAGAGAAGAGAAGAGAAGAUGGCCUCACACACACACAGAAAUACAUAACUGUAAUUUUAAAUAAGAAUCUUAAUCGAUUAACGCUUUUGGAUGUUUUUAUGGUAGCAAACACUUGCCCUUAAUUUAAUUUUAAAUAUUUCUAACAACUUUUGUGCACUUAAAUACACAAAUAAAAGCAUUUUGCAGUUAAAUAAGGA